CGCUGCGUGUCUCGGGUGGUUUCCGCGGGAUCAGGUUCUUCCACGGCCGCAACCCCUUCGCUCUUCGCCCCGCCCCCGCGGCCCCGAGCGAGGACCAGUUUUCGGAGCUGCGGGGCGGGAGCCGGCGUGUCCUCUUCGCCGCACUCGGGCGGAGGCUGUGCGUCUGCGGGCCGGGCCCCAGGGCGCCCUCCAUGGCGGGGCCGCGGGUGGAGGUGGACGGCGCGCUCCUGGAAGGGGGCGGCCAGAUCCUGAGGGUGUCCACCGCCCUGAGCUGUCUCCUGGGCCUUCCCUUGCGGGUGCAGAAGAUCCGAGCCGGCCGCAGCACGCCGGGCCUGCGGCCUCAGCACUUAUCUGGAUUGGAAAUGAUUCGAGAUCUGUGUGAUGGGCAACUGGAGGGGGCAGAAAUCGGCUCCACAGAGAUACUGUUUACCCCAGAGAAGAUCAGAGGCGGAACCCACACAGCAGAUACCAAGACAGCAGGGAGCGUGUGCCUCUUGCUGCAGGUGUCCCUGCCCUGUGUCCUCUUCGCUGCUUCCCCAUCAGAACUCCGUCUGAGAGGCGGGACCAAUGCUGAGAUGGCACCGCAGAUCGAUUACACGGCCAUGGUUUUCAAGCCAAUUGUUGAAAAAUUUGGUUUCAAACUUAACUGUGACAUUAAAAUGAGGGGCUAUUACCCAAAAGGGGGCGGUGAAGUGAUUGUCCAAAUGUCACCAGUUAAACGGUUGAACCCAGUGAUCCUCACUGAACGUGGCUCUGUGACCAAGAUACAUGGAAGAGCUUUUGUUGCUGGUGUUUUGCCAUUUAAAGUAGCGAAGGAGAUAGCGGCGGCGGCGGUGAGGUGCAUCAGAAAGGAGUUUCGGGAUUUGUACGUGAACAUCCAGCCAGUCCAGGAGCCGAAAGACCAGGCCUUUGGCAAUGGCAGUGGGAUCAUCGUCAUUGCUGAGACAUCCACGGGCUGCUUGUUGGCUGGGUCAUCACUUGGUAAACGAGGUGUAAACGCAGACAAGGUUGGAAUUGAAGCUGCUGAAAUGCUCUUAGCAAACCUUAGAUACGGUGGUGCCGUGGAUGAGUAUCUGCAAGACCAGCUGAUCAUUUUCAUGGCAUUAGCCAGCGGAGUUUCCAGAAUAAAAACAGGACCAGUUACACUCCACACACAAACGGCUAUACAUUUUGCUGAACAACUAGCAAAGGCUAAAUUCACUGUGAAGAAAUCAGAAGAUGAAGAAGAUGCCUCUAAAGAUACUUACAUUAUCGAGUGCCAAGGGAUUGGGAUGACAAAUCCAAAUCUUUAGGGUGUCUGCCUUUAGGGUACCUCAGAGCUGUUGCACUAAUUCACUUCAGUACUACGAAACAAGGAGUAAGAAGUAACUUCUGGAAGGACUUAAACUCGGAGGCGGAGUCCAGAGGGCUCUCACCUUGCCGAGGCUGUGUCACCAACCGUCUGCCCGAAGGUCUCCUGACGUGUGCACAGUGAGAUACAUCAGUUGGUGGAUCUGACAGCUGAUUUCAGUAUGAAAGUAUAGAUAUAAAAUAUUCUUUUUCCCUGAAGUAAGUGUGCUUUUCUUCCUUACGUAAUAAAUUAA